UUAGUAAAUCCAUACGAUUGAAUAACACUUGAUUUGAUAUAGAAUUUAUGAAUCAUUAAACCAAAAACUCAUGAUUUUAAUACAAAUUUGAAAAUUAUAGAACCAAUAACACUAGAUUUAGUUCAGAUUUUUAAAUCCAAUAAAAUACAACAACCAGAAACCUCCACUUGUACUAAACCUGGGUCAUUGGCCUUUUAGUAUAAUAUUAUUAGACAAAAAAAAAGAUGUGUAUUAAUAAAGAAAUUAUGGAAAAAGCUAAUUUCUAAAUAUAAGAGAUGUAGGUUUUUAAGUUUACCUAAUUUCAGCUCAGUGCAAUCACCCUUUCACAUGUUACUGUGAGAAAAUUAUUUUUUUGUACUAGAUUUCUAGUAAAGUAGGGUGGAAGAAAGACAUGAAACGAGUUCAUAUAUCGAUUCCAGUAAUAUAAGUUAGGUCUAAUUAAUUGUAUAUUAGAGUUUGAUCGGAGUGACAGUGUGAAUAUUUGUUUCAUUUUUGUUGGUCAUAUUUUAAACGGAAAAUUGCCAAAACGGAACAAAAAAACAUAGUUGUCCCUAUGGUAUAAAACCAUCACUAAGUUAUCUCUAUAGUAUAAUAUUUUUCAUAAUCCCAAAACUAACAUUUUUUUAAUCAAAUUAAACAUAAAUUAAAACCAUUUUUAAAAAGUUUAAAGGAAAAAGAUAAAAAAAAAAAAGAAGGUAAUUCCAUAAUGUUUUAGGAAGGAAAAAAAUGUAAAAAUAUAUUUUUUAAAAAAAGAACACACGACACAUAUAAAAAUAUCCCCUAACCCAAUUGCAUUUGGUUUCUAAAAUCCUCCAAAACUGUUCUUUUAAAAUACUCUAAGAUAGAACUUGAUUCAAUAACAGUAGCCUACCCCCUUUAUCAUCAGCCGAAAAUACCCAUCCCGUGCUUGCACUAAAUUCUCAAACACCACAUAUUGUAUAGAUAUGCAUUAUAGAACAAGAGCUUGUGAAAAUUACAAGAUAAACUAUGGAGAAAUCACAGAUUGAUGAAGAAGAAAAGCCAAAAUCGUUUUUUUUUAUAUUUUGACAAAGAAAAUCGACAACGACACGUUUUAGGUAAUUAUAAUAUUUUUAGAAUAUUUUCUUAACCGAAACUUCCUUAAUUUUCGGAAAAAACUGGUUUUUUAUCCGUAGAAUGCACUUUCUACACUGUGUAGAACCAUGACAAAAAUUCUGAAUACAAUUUCUACUUUUUGUAGACGUUCGUGUUAAGUUUAGAUUUCGCAUACCCGAAAUUUUAGAAUACUUCGUAAAAGUAGAAACUGCAUUCAAAAGAAAAGUAGCGAUCUUUACAAUUAGUAGAAUUCACAUUCCCCAUAUUUAGAAUUUUAAUAAUUUUAAGAUUGUUUCUUCUAAAAAAAGUAGAUAGACUUGUUUAUUCUGGAAUUCGUUUUCUACUAACUCAUUUUCGUAGAAGACGAAUUCCACUUUUAGUGGAACGUAAUUUUAAAAUUUUAUUUAUCAAGUUUUUUAACCAAAACAAAAUAUGUGUUUGUGUAUAUAGGUGUUUUAUUAAUUGUUUAUAUUUUUAAUAUUUUUUUGGAUUCAUAAAACUAUUUAUUUUAUUAAAUUCAGAAAUGGAAAGGAUAAAAGGGAGAAUAAAUGGACAAAUGUGGUUUUAUACCAUAGGGACAACUGUGUUGUUUUUAUGUUCUGUUUUGGCAAUUUUCCAUAUUUUAAAUUGGUUAUCUUUUUAAAUAUUUUUAUAUAGUGUUGUUACUCUUAUUUCUGUUGGGUAUUCACACAACUAAAAGAAGUAAAUACAUUCGAGAUUUCAUAAGAAUUGGCUCAACUUUUAUUUUAUUGUUUUCGGAACACAAUUAUCUAAUUAUUAUGGAUGAAUCUGUAUUGAUGUUUUAUUGCAUUGUUUUUCUUACAGUGACCUCGUAGAUUUUCCAAAUUGAAAUCAUAUAUUAUUGAUAUUUUAUGUAACUCAUCCGUUACUUAAUAAUAUUUUUGUCUGUCUUGCCGAACAUUUAUUCUAAUUCUUAUAUGUGUUUACCUUUGAUUUUCUAAUAUAUUUUUAAAUAAGAUUUUACCCUCAUAUAGUGUAUUGUUCAUAUGUUUUGAUCAAUAUUGUUAAUAUAAAUUGGUUUAUGUUCUUAUAUGUAACUUACUGGUGUUAUCGGUUGUUAAUACAUACCAAUAUAUUCUAACAACAUUUUGAUACACUAAUUAAUUCAUUAUUUGAAAUAAUAAAAUACAAAACACCCUCGACACAUAAAAAGAAACAUUCUUAAUUCUAUAGUUUGCGUACAAUAUAUAAUAAUUUUUUUAAUUAAAUUCUAAAUUGAGAAAGACAUGCAUUUUUUCUUUUAUUAAAAUUCAAUAACAAGUAUAAAUUAUAAUUAUAUUAGCAUUAAAAUUUAAAGAUAUUGCGUGAUUGGUUUAUUAUACAUAUGAUGCUUAUUUUUUCAUAUUUUAAAAACAUGGCGUGAUUUUGUUAUAUACAUAGUGUUAUAUAGUGUGUAAAAUAUAUACAUAGUGUUAUAUAGUGUGGUCAUGUAAAAUAUAGUGCAAUUUAGUAAUUUGUUACUGAUUUAUAAUAUAAAAAAUUACAAAAAGUUCUUAUAUUUUCUAUAUACAAAGAAUAUAACAUUUAUUAAUCACGAUUCUUAUGAAAAUAUUGAUUUGAAUAUAUUCUUUUUGUAUUUGUCAAACCGAUUUAAAUGCUAAUUAAAAACAGAAUUUCAAUUGAAUAUUUGGUUCAGUUUGUUAUUAAUAUGUUUGUUUUGGUUCAAUAUUUGGAUUUUGACAAUAAGGAUUCUAUUUGGUAGGUGUAGCAGAUGACAAAUGAUCAAUUUGGUACAGAAAAGAAGGAAACAUUAUGUUUAUGUUAGCAUUACAUGUCUUCUUACCUUGAUAACCAAACGGUCAACCCCUGUUCGAAAACGCGGCUGCCUAGCCGCGUAAUCGCUAAACGUAGGUUCAUCGUGGCGAGUUGAACAAAUAUAGUUGCAUUCUACGUUUGACUGACUUAUGCAUGCCUAGUCCGUAUUUUAACAUUAUGCGGACGUAGAAUAGGUAAUACGUUUUGGGCUAAAAAAAUUACCAUAUUAUUUUUGUACACAAUUUGGCCCACUAAAAAACUCAUUAGUAAUAAAAAAAGAAGUUAAAAGUUAAAACCAUUAUCUAUCUUUCGCGACAGUAGAAUUGGGGAUUUCUAUUAACCCUAGUAUCAAUUUGCUCUUCCUCAAUCUAGUGAAUCCAAAGCAGUUCACCGUGAAUCAAGAUCAUCCACCUUGCAAAUUCUUCUUGUACUGGAUUCAGAGUAAUAAACUCUAAACCAUUCACUUCUUUAGUUAUUGAAGUUUUUUUCGAACUGUUGACUUUCAGAUUUUAUAGUUCAGUACAAAUGAUUUUUUAAAUGUUAAUGGAGCUUGACUUUGCCGAGAGUUGAGUUAAUAAUUUGUACGGUUUACUUGAAUGGAAGUGGUCAAGUACUGAUUUUUCUAUUUUAUUUGUUUGCUUGACUCUGGAAGUUUUAAAAAAAUUUGUGUGAAGCCAUCUUUUGUCGUGUUAAGUUGACAAAAAAAAGAAUUGUCGUGUAAAGCCAUGUUAAAGAAAUGGUGUUCUCUUUAUAUAUUUUGUGUCAUAGUGAUAUUUUUAUUUUAGUAACCACAAUGACCAAAGUAUAAUGAUUUUGUUUUAUUGUAAAAUUGUUUAUUGAUGUUUCAGCUUAAGAAAGAAUGAACAAUCCAUCAACAGAUACACCUCCACCUCCACCUCUGAAACGAAACUCAAAUGAUGUAGGUUGGGAGUAUGGUCUGCUAUGUGAUCCACGAGUUCCAGAAAAAGUGAGAUGUAGAUUAUGUGGCAAAGAGUUUUCUGGUGGCGUCUACGGAAUGAAAGAGCACAUUGGUCACUUGAAUGGUAAUGUCUCAGCAUGUCCCAUGUCAUCAAAGGAAGAUCAAGAGAAAUGUAAGAAUUCAAUAAUGGAAGCAAAGGAGAAGAAAAAUAAGAAGAGGAAGCAUGAGGAAGCUAUAAGGGCAGAGGUUAACAUAAACAAGAAUAGCAAUGUUGAGGAACUAGAAAAAGAGCUUGGACCUCUUAAAGCUCCUCACUUCCAAGGUCCUCUUGAUCAAGUUUGCAACUGUCAUCAACCCUGAAGCUUCUUUGGCUUCUCAGACACGUCAACAGAACAUCCAUGAUGCUAUAUCAAAAGAAAAGACACAUGUUGUACAUCAAUAUUGUGCUCGAUGGAUUUAUCAGUCAAAUAUUCCAUUCAAUGCGAUUGACAAUGAGUCUUUUAGGCUGUUAUGUGAAGCUUUAGGACAGUUUGGGCCAGGGUGGAUACCUCCUACUCAGUAUCAGUUAAAGAACCAUUGCUGAAUGAAGAGAAACAGAGAACAAAAGAGAAGUUGAAGGCAUUAGAAGAAGAAUGGGACAGAGAAGGUUGCUCGGUGAUGACAAAUUCAUGGACUGAUAUGAAGAGAAGAAGCAUCAUGAAUUUGUGUGUUAACUCAAGAGGAGGGACUUGUUUUCUGUCGUCAAAGGAUGCUUCCAAAGAUUCUCACACGGGCGAGUAUAUCUUCAACUACAUUGACAAGUGUAUAGAAGAUUUAGAGGCUGAGAAGGUUGUGCAAGUGGUCACGGAUAAUGCAACCAACAAAGUAGCUGCUGCAAAUUUGCUUAAAGAGAAGAGGCCAAGAGUCUUUUGGACUGGAUGUGCUGCUCACACUAUGGAUUUGAUGCUUGAAGGGAUUUCUAAGUUGCACGGGUUUGCUAAAGUGAUUGAACAAGCAAAGGCUGUCACCAUAUUUGUUUAUGCUCAUCAUACAACAUUGUGAAUGAUGAGAACAUAUACAAAGAGGGAUAUUGUGAGGCCAGGAGCAACAAGGUUUGCAACAUUUUUCCUCACGCUACAAAGUCUUUAUGAGAAGAAGGGGCAACUGAAGAGCAUGUUUAACAGUGAUCAGUGGCAUGAUUGUAAGCAUUCCAAGUCUGUAAAGGGUAAGACUGCAUCUGAUACUGUGAUGAGUUAUGCAUUUUGGAGUAGUUUCAUGGUUAUUUUGAAAGUAUUCACCCCUAUGGUGAAGGUUCUUCGGUUGGCUGAUGGAGAGAAGAUACCAUCUUCUGGGUUUGUUUAUGGUGAGCUUUUGGAAACUAAGAAGUCUAUUAAAGAAGCUACUGACCAUUUGGAGAAGAACUAUCAACCUAUAUUCAGGAUCAUUGAUGAAAAAAUGAAAGGAAGGCUGAAUUCUCCUUUGCAUAUGACUGCUUACUUCCUCAACCCUUAUUAUUUCUACAAAGACCCCACUAUCCAGUAUGACAUAGAAGUUUCAGAAGGAUUCAUCAAGUGUGUGGAAACUUUCUAUCAUGGAGAAUUUGAGAAACAAGACUUGGUUGUUAAUCAUGAGAUUCGUCUUUACAAGAAUAAAAGUGGUCCUUUUGGUAGAAUGUUAGCACUAAAAGGAUGUGAAAAGAAGGAUGAAAAGUUUGAUCCGGGGAAUUGGUGGGCAACAUACGGAUGUGAUGUGCCAACCUUGCAGAAACUGCCUACUAGAAUCCUUGCCUUGACCUCUAGUUCUUCUGGCUGUGAAAGAAAUUAGAGCAGUUUCGAAGGGGUUGGUCUACUGCUUAUUUGAUUUUUGUUUCAUGUGUCUAGUAGUGUGUACAAUAAAUGGCUCAACUCAUGUUGCAGAUCCACACUAAGAAGAGAAACAUAUUAGAUGUAAACCGCCUCAACAGUCUAGUAUAUGUCCAGUUUAAUGCAUGGCUUUUUGAUAAGCAGAAAAAGAUUAGAGAAAGCAAUGUUGAUGUGAUCCUAGAUGAUAGUAAUGAAGAUACUAUCGGAGAUUGGCUUAUGGGCCGUGUUGAAGAGUUGGAUAAUGAUGUCAGUUUUGUGCUUACUACCCAAGCUCCAAGGAUAAGAGAACUCUAUGAUGAUGACUUUGAAUCUGAAGAAGAAGACAUGAUGGACAUGGAGUUCGAAUCGGAUGUAUACCAAGAGGAUCCGGUCUUUCGUGACUUACAAAUAGCUUAGUAAACUAAGGUUUCCAAAUACCAAAUUCUAACUUUUUGCACAUCUGCAAGACCACUACAAGAGCAAGAUUAUAUAUUUUGCUGAUCUUUCAAGAAGAAAAGGAUUAGAAGAUACAAUACUUAAUAUUUUUUGUUUCUUUUCAUGAUAAAAACUAUAUUUUUUGGUGAUUCUUGUGAGUGGGUUAUUUUUUUUUUGUAUUAGAUGUGUGCUUUAAGAAACAACAAUAAUGAUAUAUAAUCUAACUUGGUUUUUAAUGUUUCUUUUGUAUACUUCAAAUUAAAAACUUACUAAAAAUUACUCUCCGCAUAUAGUCCGAGCUUAUCCCGAUUUUUUAACAAUUCGCUAGGUCCGGGGUCGCCGCACGGAUAGUUCCGAACAGGGAGUCCAACAUACAUAUUAGAAUAAAGAAGGGGUAAAUCAAAAAUAUGUUUAUAAUACAGAAAAAAUUAAGAAAGUAACCAGAUAAUAAAUAUGAUUCUUGAUGUGACAAUUUGGGGGUCCAUUAUAUACGAGCGUCGCAUAUUGUUUUUAAUUAUGAGAAUGGGUCGGCCCAAGUUUUUAUUGGGCAUUUGCUUACCUAUAGGAGAGAUAAAUAAUUUAUGACCUUUUUAGCCUUUCGACCCAAUAACUUAUACUUUGCAACCCAUAUAACUUAACCCACACCGACAUCUCCACGCGACCCAAAGACUUUCCCGCACGUGCGAAACUCGGCGGUCCGACUCGGUGGUUUAAUUUUUUUUUUCAUCCCGUCGGCGAAGGUGAAAUGCUUUUUUACCUAGGUAAAUCCGGGUAUUUUUACCGCUAUUUUUUCGCGCCAUUUAACUAGCCGUACAAUCUUUGGUGAUAAAAUUAAUAAAAUAAUUAGUGGAUAAGGUUAAUUGAUAAUAGUGAGACAUAAUAUGGUCUGGUGGAUAAUACAAAGAAACCCUAGUAGAAGAGCUGAGAUGUAUUCUAUCUGAGUUCUGUUCGGAGAAAUGCAUCCACCAGAUCUGAAAAUGUUGGAAACUAAUAGCGGUGUGCGUGGCUCCGGUGAAAGUUUUCGUGGUAAAUCUCAGGCGAGCAGUAGCAACACCACCGAAGGUACACUAUCUCCCUUCGACAUUGCCGAAUCUUUGCGUUUUUGUUCCUAUAAUUUUAUUUGUAAUUGUUCGUUGGGGUGUAGGAAACUCACGGUCACACGUUGUUGUUAUGGCUGGUCGGUGGAUAAUGUAUGAUAAUGGUGGUUGGGAUUUCAAGAUAUAUAAUGAGAGAAUGGGUAGAGCAGUCGACUUCUCGCAAAGCAAGGGCGUUAACGGUUUGAAAGAUAGUAUUCUUGCUUCUUAUGGUUUGUUGGGAAGAGACCUAGAGGUCGAAAUGUGUUAUUGGCUAAUUGAUGGAGAGAGUGAAAUGGUUGGUAAAGGGGCCGCACCAGUGGAGAUAGCAACCGACACUGAUUAUAAAAUAUUCAAGGCUCUUCAUAGGACAGACAAGUCUUGUAAUGUUUUCGUGACAUUUAGAGAGAUUGUUGGGGAAAAAUUGAUAUUUUUAAGGUCCGAACGAGAUAUCUUGUCGCAAAUGGAUGCAUCACUCGGAAUGGAUGAUGAUGAGUUUUUAAUUAGGCAAGUAGAAGCAGUUGAAGCAUCUUUUGGAUUGAACUCACAGACGGCUGAAGGGGUGCAAGGUUCGAAGGAUAAAGAUAGUGGAGCGGCUGUAGAUGGGGUUAAUCCGGCUUCGGGUAAUAUGCUACAACAAGAGAAGCAAAAGAGCUGUGCACUAGGAAAAGUAGUGGAGAAUGGAAGUAAAAAGCGGGCUCAUGUUAAAGCAGCUGAAGAUGCCAUUUGUGGGGUUAAUCUGGAUAAUAUGCAUCAACAAAAUUGUACGCUACAAGAGAAUGAAAAGAGUUGUGGAGAAGGAACAGUUGUGGAGAAUGGAAGUAAAAAAGCGGGCUAACGUUGAAGCAGUGUCGGAAGAAAACAAAAGAGAUCACCUUGCAAAAGAAGAUGAAGAUGAAGAUGAAGAUGAAGAUGACGAGGACUAUGAUGAUAAUGAAGAUGAAUAUGAAGAUGAAGAUGAUGAUGAUGCUGAAGAUGAAGAUGAAGAUGAAAGUGACGGUGGAAAUGAAGAUAAAGAUGACGUUGGAAAUGAAGAUGAAGAUGAAGAUGACGAGGACUAUGAUUAUAAUGGCUGGCAUGAGUUUGUUGGAAAUGAUUGUGAGAGAGACGAAGAUGAUGAUUUUGAUGGAUGUCCACCAAAAGGAGGUCGUGGUGGACGGUCUGGUCGUAACGGUUAUGAGCAGUCUGUGGUCACCAAAGUUAGAGGUCAAGGGUCUGGAAGAGGCCAAGAGUCAAGGGCUACAGGUGGAUCUUCGUCAGGCAAACAGUGUUGCAAUAUGAAACAUUACGAAGACAACACAAACAACCUAAGGGAUUUCGUAUGUACCUCACGAAUCGUUGACUUUUCGUACACCAAAGAUUCUGAUAUCUGCGGAAGCGUCGAUGUUGUUAAUGUAACUCCACCAAAAGAUAGAAACCAACAAAACCACGACGAUGAUUCUGUUGAUCGUCGUUUCACCAAAUCGUCCUCUGAAACUGUAAGGUGUGCACUGACCUUUGCAACCGGGAACACUGAUGUUGGCAAUGUUGUUUUGGUUACAACACCACAACGAAAUGAAAAACGCAGCCACGUGAUCGAAGAUGAUGAUGAGUAUUUUGAUCCUACUCUUACCGACGCUACACAAGUUCAUGGUGGAGGAGUAACGAAGACAGGAACCCUUUCAUGUCCUCACAAUGAUGAAACACCUUCCGGCGAAAGUGAUCAUAUUGUUCUUGUUACACCACAAAAACAAUACAACAAACACAACCUAGUAAUCGAAGCUGAUGAUGAGUUUGUUAGUCCUCCUUUCACCCAAACUACAGAAUUUGAGGGUGGCGAAGCAUGCAUCCCAAGAAAACAUUUUUCCUCCACCUCUGUAACUGUUAGUUGUACACAGGCGGAUGAAACAGAUACAGGUGCAAGUGUUGAUCUUGGUCAGGCUAAUCCACCAGAAAAGCACAACACACACAGUCGUGUGAUCGAAGAUGAGGACCUGUUUGUGGAUCCUCCUGUAAGAAUAAGUUCACAAGUUCAGGGUGGAGAGGCUUUCAUGAAAGGGAUACAAGUUUCGGAAAUGUAUGGAUAUAAUGAUGUAGUUCAUGUGUUUAAUGAUAUGGAAGGAAAUGGGUUCCAGCCGCAGGAAAUUGACUUCAGCAAGGAGGACUCGGAUAUAUUUGUUGGAAGGCAGUUUAAGGACAAAGCGCAGUUUAAGUUGACGAUGUUGAUCUAUGCACUCGCGGAGGUGUGCAGGUUCAAGUUUAGGCAUUGCAAACGCUACGUCAUGGCUAAAUGCGUUGAUAAACAGUGUACUUGGAGGGUAUGUGCUAAGCAAGUGGGUGAUUCUCCUACGUAUUUUGUAAAGAAGGCAAGUUUGGGACAUCAAUGCACAUCUGAUGUGCGAGGGCAGUACAAAAAACAUGGAACAUCUAGAGUUCUUGCUGCUCUUCUGCGCUCGAAAUACGAAAGACAUCACUGUGGACCUCGUGCUAUGGAACUGCCGGAAGUAUUGAGAACGAAAUUCAACUAUAUAUGCACGUACUGGAAAGCUUGGAAAGCUAAGGAACUAGCAAUUGCGUCUGCCCAAGGAACAGAGGAAAUGUCUUACAAGAUGUUACCACAGUACUUGCACGUACUGAAAUUAGCAAAUCCUGGAAUAAUCACAGAUAUUAAAACCGAACUUGAUAAAGAAGGAAAAUCGAGGUUCCUGUAUGCAUUCAUGUCACUGAACCCUUGUAUCGAUGGGUGGCAGCAUUUGCGUAAGGUCCUUGUGGUGGACGGCACCCACAUGUUUGGGAAAUACAAAGGGGUAUUGCUUAGUGCUAGCGGGCAAGACGCAGACUGCCGCGUAUUCCCUAUUGCUUUCACAGUAAGGGAUAGCGAGAACUUAGAUUCUUGGAAGUGGUUCUUCGAAAGGUUGUCAACAAUUGUAGAAGAUAGUUGUGAAUUAACAAUAAUUUCCGACAGAUGCGGCGCUAUAUUUGCAGCUAAAGAUAAAUGGUAUCCAUCUGCACACCAUGGUAUAUGUCUUGAACACCUUAAGCGUAACGUGGGCGAUAAGUACAAAGGACUGGAUCAGAAGCAUAUGGUGGCCAGGGCAGCAGAAGCUUUCAAAGUUGAAGUUACACACAAGCCAACCAAAUACGGCUUUGUUGUUGAUUUAGAGAAACGAACUUGCUCCUGCCUUGAAUUCCAGAUGCUUGGGUUGCCAUGCCGACACGCUAUUGCCACUGCUUCUUUUCGGAACAUCGAGUACGCCUUGUUUGUUUCACAAUACCAUGUCAAAGAUACUUGGUCUGAAACAGUCAAGGGUAUCAUACUACCGGUUCCAAAUCCAGAGGAUAUCAAUAUUCCCGCAGAUAUACUUAAGGUCAACCUUUAUCCACCAAAGACGAAAAGAACUAAGGGAAGGCCAGGCAUUAAAAGAAAACUUGGAGCCUCCGAUUAUGCAGAAGGCCCGAGGAAAAAGAAGAAGCCGAACAAGUGUUCCAGGUGUUUUAAGGAAGAUCACAAGAAGACUACAUGCAAGGAACCGGUGCCUUGA